UAUUAUCGUAAACCACAGAAAUACCGUAAUACCUAUGAUAACCAGCCAAAUAACACCAGUAAUAAUAAUAAUAAUAAUGCAACAACAACAAGAACAACCCAUUCUACAACAACAACAACAACAAAUCCAACUGCAACUGCACCAACAACAGCGGCUGCAACAGAUCAACAACAAUACCAGUACAUAAAUACCACAACCGAUAGCAAUCGAUGUAGCAGCCAUAGAGAUGAUUCCCCGGAUGAUUCCUCCUCUUCCAUUCGCCGAAAUGAUGAUGAUGAUGUUGAUGAUGAUACCCCAGAUCUUAUCCCCGUAGAGUUGCAACAGCAGCAGCAUUACAACAACAACUAUUACUACUACUACAACUACAAUCUGAGCUAUGUGCCCGAAGAUUGUGCCCCGGGAGGCAGCAGGCGUCCGAGUCGCCUCCAACAGCUGAAGCGUCGCACGCAGCACGAGCUACAGCAGUGGCCAAUGCUGAUGCAGCUGCUGCUGCUGGUCCUCUGGCUGAAUGCCCGCUUCUGGCGAAUCGUUGACGAGCAGGUUACGUACCGACGAAGGCGAUGGCAUUGAGAUUUGGGGAGCAGCGAGAUCGAAGGAACGCAGCGGAUCGGAGCAGAGAAGAGCUGGGUGCUGUUAAUGGUGUUGCUUGGGUAUGAGAUCCGAUCUAUGCUUAAGUUGAAUCAAAAAUUAUGCCCAAACUCUCUUUCAAAUCUCAUCUCAAUAAAAUUAAUCAAAACUUAUGCUGCAAAAUAUAGUCAAAGCAAAAUCAAAUGCAACACAGGCAGAGAUACCCACAUCCCGAGAGAGAGAGAGCAGAAACAACAUCAACAACAAACUUUAAGAACAACAACAAAAGCGAGUGCACUCGCUGCUCGUUACAUUCUGCUCACGCACGUACUCGUUGCAUCAACGCGAUUGCUCUCGUCCACAUUGUGAUCACUCUGUCGUCUCGUCUCGACUCGUUUCUGUCUCGUCGUCUUAUGCUCGUCUUACUAUUUUUCCUCUCUCUCUCUCUAUAUCUCUUAAUCGUUCAUCUCUCUCUUUUUCUAGCUAUCGUUCCCUAGUACAACUAUCUUUAUUGCUAUUUCAGUUCCAAUUGCAUGACAUAUACAUUCUUAGAAGUUUUCUUUUGAUAUCGCUAUAUAUUUUCCUCUGUUCUACCACACCUUCUCCACCAAUGCAAAUCCACAUCAAUCAUCAUCGCAUCAUCCCAAACCCACCACCCAAAAAUCAAACAAAUUCCCACACUAGUCGACAAAAAAAACGCUAACUCAAUCAUAUCAAUUCAAUGUCAAAGCCUCGAUAAAUGUGACCCACCCACAUCAUUCUGUAGAAGAGAAGCCUUAGCACCCGCCUCCCAAAAUAAAAUCCCAUUUUAUGUUAUCCAGCGAAACCGAAGAACAAAAGAUCUUCUAUGAACUUUAAUCCAAAGGUUUCCCCGCCCUAAGCUUGCCUAAGAAUCAAAACUAACACUAAACUUAAAACUAUCCCAAAUGCAAAAGUAAAGGCAAAAUCAGAACAAAAUAACAAGAAGAGAAGAAGUAGAAUCGUAUUUUGAGUAGCGCUUUUUGAUUUAUUUGGUAGUCAGGCAAACGCUAACCGAAAACAGCAAUUUCAAUUGUGUUUCUCAACAUAAAAUAUAAAAUACAUAUAAACUAUGGAUACUAUAAUUUUAUAUACAACAUACAUACUAUAGGGGUUAAAUUUAAAGGCAGACGCUGUAGAUGAUGAUUACUCGAUUGAUGAUUAAGCUUUAGUUCUAGCAAGAGAUAUGUUAACUUAUGAUUAUCUAGCGACAAUUAUUAUAUACGCAACAUACAACAACACACAACAAUUACACCCAAAAAAAAGAUACACUUGAAACAAUAAGAAGAACAACUAAAAACCCUAAUUGAAGUAGUAGAAGAACCCAUGAUAUUUAUACGAGUAUAUGGAUCAUAGUAAAAAAUAACAUGAAACGAUUAGCGAGAAAUAUUUUAGUGAACAAAUCCAAAAAGUCAGCUGAAACUUUAUAUGUUUAAAUGCGAAACUGCAAAAUGGACUUGAAAGAAGAACAAACAAGAGGAAAAACAACUAUAUUAUAUUAUAUAUUAUUAACUAUUAUUACGAGUAGAUACGAUAUUGGGAGGGCGAUCCCCAAAGGCCGACCAACAAACAACAAACAAAAUAAGGCGCUGUUCAGCUAAUCGAAAAAAUAUAUAGUGAAAAUCGUUUACGUUUAAUAAAAUACUAAGUUCAGCUUACCGCUACGCGAAUAUGAUUUCCGAUUUCCAAACUUAGGGAUGAUAUAUGAUUUCAGCAUAUAUAUUUCAGCAUUAGAAGGAUGAAGCAGUAGAAGAAAAACAAAAGACAACAAUCAGAACACCCCGAAAAAACACACAGACAUUCCACAGACACAACAUAUUCCAUACACUACGAGGCUACCACUGAGGUUGCCCCAAGAUGAAAUAUAGUUAAGGAAACACUCGAAUGAGUUGAAAAAAACUCAUUGAGAGGAAAAAAAUAUGAAAUAAUCCAAAAAUAUAUAGCACAUUUAAUGUUAAUUUUAAGUUGAGGAACAAACAAAAAAGUAGCGAAAAUUCAGCAGAGAGCGUAACAUUAAUUAUACGAGUAAGUAAGUCGCGCAAAAGACACCAGAAAACAUAGGAAGCCGAAAGGUAAUCAACCUACAAAAUAAGCAGAUAAACGAAGUGAAUCGACACGAAGAUACAGAGGGGGAAGCAAAGUCACCAAAUAAAUAAGGAAACACUUCAACGAGAAGCGAAAGCAGAAGCAGAUGUACGAUGAUGAGGAUGAGGAUGAAAUGGAGCGAGUGCACUCCCAGCGAGUGCUCCUAACGAGUGGAGGAGGAAAUACACAUAAAUAGCAAAAAAACAAACACACAUGCUUAGUGGUAAAUCUUAAGAACGAAAACAAUCUGCAAUCAAACUAGAGAACGAAAGAUCUAGGGAAACCGAAAUCGAAUGUGAAGCGAAGCUACAUCGAAGAAACACACACACCUUUGGUGGAAGCACAAAGUAGCAUUCUGCUAUUAAGAAGAACGAUGCAAAAACCCAGCAAAAGUGUUUCGAACUCGUGGCCGAAGCUAAAGUACAUACACAAAAAACUAAAUUAAGGUAUUGGUGGUUACAAAAAUAUUAUAUUUGUACAACUCUAAUUGAUGUUAGAAAGAAACGAUUCUGGAAUAACGAUAUAAUCAAAAAAGCCCGAGGUUUGCAAUGACUCGCUGUGAUCUAGCUGCAUUGCCAGACCUCACAGACAGGAAGAAGAUUGGCAUAGGGAACAUGUCUGGCAGCAUUGCUGCUGCAUGUUCCGUAUCCAUCUUGCGGGUGUACACGUCUGUUUAUUGGAAGUUGAAAUAAAAUCAAAUUAUAUGAAUAUACGAAUAUAUAUAUAUGUGUGUAUAGUGUUGUACUUGAGAGUGCAAUCGAGUGUCGUGCCACAGACUCAGGCUCUUGAAGGCUGAGAAGCGUUUAAAAUAAUUCCAGAUAGUAGUUUUAUGGGGUCUGACUGUACACGUCGCUCAAGAGCGCAUUAAGCACGCCGAGUACCCGGGCACGGAGUCCCGGGGAAACGGGUGUGAGGGUGCCACCAAAAUUGAACGAUUAAACAAUCGGCCAAAGGAUUGAUCUUUUUUGAGAAGAGAAGUCUCCUUCGAUGAUGUCCAUAUCAUACGAUUUCCACGAGGCCUGGGCUGAGUCUGUGCCAUGAACACCGCUUGUUUUCGCUCACCAAAAUGUACUUACACUUUCUUCAGUAUUUAAUCGACUAAAUCGUUAAUUAACAUUCAAAAUAAAUACAAUUAAUUAUGCGAAAGUAACUUGUGAAGUGAAAAUUUAAUGGAAGCGAAAGAAAAGAAAAGUAAAUGGUAAAUUUGAGUAAUUUUCCAGCGAGUAAUAUAAACUAUAUAUAUAAAUGUUAACGUAAAUAAUCAGAAAGCCAAUUCUUAAUUGAUCGGAAGUAGUAGAUCGACUCGGGAAUACAAUUAAAAUCUCGAUAGAUCUAUAGGUUGAUAGAUGAGACGCGCAAACGGGUGCCAACCAGUUCGAUAGACAGAAAAGGUCCUGUCAGGAGCAGAUCUUUUGGGCGUAUGCCGGGAAAAAGUAA